CUGUGUGCGGCGGCAUCCUCAGAGCCAUGCCCGAGAUUGUGGAUUCCUGUUCUCUGGCCUCUCCGGCCUCCGUCUGCCGGACCAAGCACCUGCACCUGCGCUGCAGCGUGGACUUCACUCGCCGGGCUCUGACUGGCAUCGCGGCGCUCACAGUCCAGUCUCAGGAGGACAAUCUGCGCAGCCUGACUUUGGAUACAAAAGACCUCACAAUAGAAAAAGUGGUGAUCAAUGGGCAGGAAGUCAAGUACACUCUUGGAGAAAGACAAAGUUACAAAGGAUCGCCGAUGGAGAUCUCUCUUCCUAUCGCUUUAAGCAAAAAUCAAGAGGUCGUGAUAGAAAUUUCUUUUGAGACAUCUCCCAAAUCCUCUGCUCUUCAGUGGCUCACUCCUGAGCAAACCUCUGGGAAGAAGCAUCCGUACCUCUUUAGUCAGUGCCAGGCAAUCCACUGCAGAGCGAUCCUCCCUUGCCAGGACACCCCUUCUGUGAAGCUCACCUACACCGCAGAGGUAUCAGUCCCUAAAGAACUGGUGGCACUUAUGAGUGCCAUUCGUGAUGGAGAAGCACCUGACCCAGAAGACCCAAGCCGGAAAAUAUAUAAAUUCAACCAAAAGGUCCCAAUACCCUGCUACCUGAUUGCUUUAGUUGUUGGAGCUUUAGAAAGCAGGCAGAUUGGCCCAAGAAGUUUGGUAUGGUCUGAAAAAGAACAGGUGGAAAAAUCUGCUUUCGAGUUUUCUGAGACUGAAUCUAUGCUUAAAAUUGCAGAAGAUCUGGGGGGACCCUAUGUCUGGGGACAGUAUGACCUGCUGGUCCUGCCCCCAUCCUUCCCGUAUGGUGGCAUGGAGAACCCUUGCCUUACAUUUGUUACUCCAACCCUUCUGGCAGGUGACAAAUCACUGUCCAAUGUCAUUGCACAUGAGAUAUCUCACAGUUGGACAGGAAACCUAGUGACCAACAAAACCUGGGAUCACUUUUGGCUGAAUGAAGGACAUACUGUGUAUUUGGAACGUCACAUUUGUGGACGAUUGUUCGGUGAAAAGUUCAGACAUUUUCAUGCUCUGGGAGGCUGGGGAGAACUACAGAACACAAUAAAGAGUUUAGGGGAGACACAUCCUUUCACCAAACUUGUGAUUGAUUUGACCGAUGUGGACCCUGACGUAGCAUAUUCUUCGGUUCCCUAUGAAAAGGGCUUUGCUUUGCUCUUUUACCUUGAACAGCUCCUUGGAGGACCUGAGGUUUUCCUAGGAUUCUUAAAGGCUUAUGUCGAAAAGUUUUCCUACCAGAGCAUAACCACUGAUGACUGGAAGGAUUUCCUGUAUUCCCACUUUAAAGAUAAGGUUGACAUACUCAAUCAAGUAGACUGGAAUGCGUGGCUCUACUCUCCUGGCCUGCCUCCCGUGAAACCCAAUUACGACAUGACUCUGACAAAUGCUUGUAUUGCUCUCAGUCAAAGAUGGAUCACAGCCAAAGAAGAGGAUUUAAAUGCGUUCAGUGCCGCAGACCUGAAGGAUCUCUCUUCUCAUCAGCUGAACGAGUUUUUGGCACACGUGCUGCAGAGAGCACCUCUUCCAUUGGGGCACAUAAAGCGAAUGCAAGAGGUGUACAACUUGAAUGCCAUUAACAAUUCUGAAAUACGAUUCAGAUGGUUACGGCUCUGCAUUCAAUCGAAGUGGGAGGAAGCAAUUCCAUUGGCUCUAAAAAUGGCAACUGAACAGGGAAGAAUGAAGUUUACACGGCCUUUAUUCAAGGACCUUGCUGCCUUUGACAAGUCCCACGAUCAAGCUGUGCAGACAUACCUGGAGCACAGAGCCAGUAUGCACCCUGUGACUGCCAUGCUGGUAGGGAAGGAUUUAAAAGUGGAUUAAAGAUCUGCCUCUGGCUUAUUUUGGAGAUUGGUUUUUUUAAGAUUGAAUUCCUAAAGAAACGGAUACUUCAGUUUGCAUUGUAGUUGAAAAUGUCUUUUUAGGUUUGGGUUUUAUUGAGUGUCCAUGAUUUUACUAAAUAAAGUUGAACUGUCUUUUUUUU